CCGACUCCCCGCGCGGCCGCCCCUCGCUCGGAUUGGCUGCCGGGCUGGGAGGAGGCGCUGCCAUUGGCUGCGGAGGCGGCCGGCCUUGCGGUUGCUGCGCCCGCCCCCCGGCGGGCCCGGAGCUGGGAAGCCGGCAGUUGCCGGCGCGAGGAGCCGCCGUGCCUAAAGGUCGGACCAUGCCUCCUGGGAAGGCCGGCAAUAAGGAAAAGCUGGUGCUCCAGUGUGAGUGGGAGAUGUGCACCUAUGUGGCCUCUAAGAUGGAGGAGUUUUGUGAUCAUGUGUCGGAGCAUUUGCAGCUGCAUCUUCGUGGGGAACAUAGGGAUGAGAUGAACCCUCUUGAAGAAUACACCUGUCUGUGGCAGGAAUGUGGCUUCUGCUCCCCAGAGAGCUCUGUAGACCUGGUCCGCCACGUUUACUUCCACUGUUACCACACUAAGCUGAAGCAGUGGGGGCUGCAGGCCUUGCAGAGCCAGUCAGAUGUGACCCACUGUCAGCUGGACUUCCAGAGCCGCAACAUCAUCCCUGAGAUCCAGGAAAACUUCUUGUGUCUGUGGGAGUACUGUGAGAGAUCUUUUGAUAACCCUGAAUGGUUCUACCGGCAUGUGGAGGAUCACAGCUUCUGUUCAGAAUACAAGGCAGCUGGGAAGGAGAACCAUGUGGUCUUUUGUGGCUGGAAAGACUGUGACUGCACCUUCAAAGGACGCUGUAAGCUGCGGGAACACCUGCGCAGCCACACGCAGGAGAAGGUAGUGGCCUGUCCUACCUGUGGCGGGAUGUUCUCCAACAACACCAAGUUCUUUGACCACAUCCGCCGGCAGACCGCCCUGGAUCAGCAGAGGUUUCAGUGCUCCCACUGCUCCAAGAGGUUUGCUACAGAGAGGCUGCUGCGUGAUCACAUGAGGAACCAUGUAAACCACUACAAGUGCCCCUUGUGCGACAUGACCUGCCCACUACCCUCCUCCCUGCGCAACCACAUCCGCUUCCGGCACAGCGAGGAGCGGCCUUUCAAGUGUGACUACUGUGACUACAGCUGUAAAAAUCUCAUUGACUUGAGGAAGCACCUGGACACUCACAGCAAAGAGCCAGCCUAUCGCUGCGAGUUCGAAGCCUGCAGCUUCACUGCGCGCUCCCUCUGCUCCAUCAAACUGCACUACAGGAAAGUCCACGAGGGUGACUCGGAACCCCGGUACAAGUGCCACAUCUGUGACAAGUGCUUCACACGUGGGAACAACCUCACCGUGCACCUAAGGAAGAAACACCAGUUCAAGUGGCCCUCGGGCCAUCCUCGCUUCAGGUACAAGGAACACGAAGACGGCUACAUGCGGCUGCAGCUAGUGCGCUACGAAAGCGUGGAGCUGACUGAGCAGCUGCUGAAGGACCGGGAGAAGCAGGGCGAGUUGCUGGAUGGCACGGCGGAGUGCGUGGUGCUGACAGAGGGUGAGGGCAACUUGCAGGGGAUCAUCCUGGAGCCACCGGCAGAGGCCUCCCUGGAGGAGGCCAAUGACAUGGAAUCACAGGUGGCCCCGCUGCCACCACCGGCCUAUGCUGCUGCCAACCCUGACCCAGCUCAGCAAAGCACCUUCCCGAGAGCUGAGGCCUCGCCAGACCGAGAGUCCAGCGCCCCGCUCGGCCCCAUCAUCCGUGUGGUGAACAGGACCAACGAACGUGGGGAGAACGAGACGGUGUACUACGUCAUGGCCAACGCACCCUCAGAGGAGCAGGCAGCAGUGCCCGGCGGCCUGGCCGGGGAGCCGGAGGAGAACGUCAUGGACCGCCUACAGAAGACAGCUGAGGAGCUGGGGAUACAGAUUAUGUGAGUUGCCAGCGCUGCCUCCCUGCACUUUGGCUUCAAGUAAUUCAGGUGUCUCUCCUGCUUGGGAGGGCAGGGAUGGAAUCACAAACACUCUCCAUCACCCCGCUGGGGUCCCUCCUCGUCCUUGAUCAUAAACCCAGAGGAGUUGGUGCUGCCUGCGGGAAGAUUCUGAGCACGUCCCCACCCAGCCUCAGCUGUCUCCCUUUGCCCUCCUGUCACUGAGGAGCAACUGCGCUGUGCUGGGUGACCUGAUGGAGGAAAGCUCUGGUCAGCGCCCAGUGGUUGAGAGGGAUCGAGCUCCCUUCCACCAGCCUGGGAAAGGAAGGUGGUAGUGGAUGCUGGGAGCAGCCUUAGAUAUUUUCAUGGCAGGAAAGGGGAUUCGAGCUGGGAGGAAGAUGUGGAAUAGUCUCCCAGCACAAACGCUUUGUGACUUCAGUGCCCUCCAUCCCAUGGGGAGAGGUUUGGGCUGUGUCCCCCCCUACACCCCAAAGGUCCCUGGCAGAUAGGUCAGACUCCUGCUGCUAAGAGACUCAGUCCCUGUGCUUGCUGAGAGCCCCGUGCUCAGCCAGAAUCUCCACUCCUUUGGAGCUGCAGGUGGAUUAGCUUACCUCCUGAGAUGCUGUUUGGCCUUAAACAGGCUCAUUCUGUCCAGUUUCUCGUUGCCCUCGGGUGAACAAGAUGCCCUGACCCUGUCUCAGAUAUGUCGGAGUGUCCACUUUCUAGCUUGCUCAAACAGAUCUCUUAUCAGUAUUUGCAUUGACACUGCCCUGUCACCUUGUUGAUCUGAGCAGGGGACAGCCGAAGGGUCCAUUUGUCCCUUUGCAGGUUGCUGCUCCCCCAUGCACUGGUGGGGAGCUGGUGUAAGCUGGGGGCACCCUUCUCAACACUCGGGGUCCUUUGUGCUGCCUUCGUCCUCCCCUCGGGUUCUUGCUCAGGGGUUUCCCCACACUGGGGCCUGGGCUCCUGGCUGUGCAAAGUAAGUGCUUUUAUAAUAAAAAUAAAUAAAUAAAAGCCCUGUGUUCCAGG